AAAAAUAAAAUGAAGCAUUAGUAUUGAAUUACAUUAAAAUAUGUGUUUAUUAUGGUCUGCUAGUGCGAACAAUGUGGCGAAUGCAUUCUUUUUAACUUUAUUUUUGUUGGAUAAUAAAUAAAUGAAUCAAAAAUCGCAGUUUUAAAGGUAGGGACGAGUAGUCAUCCAGACCUAGGCUAUAUAAAUUAGAAGCAGUGGAGAGAAAGGAGAAAGGUAACUCCAAACAAAAAUUAGGUCUCAUCUUCAUUAAAACUGGAUCUACUAAGAUGGCUUAUCUUUAUCGUCUGCUUCUUGUCUCCGCUCUUCUACUCCUCUCUCUGGCUCUCGUAUCAACCCACGUUGAAACCGGACAACAAUCCUCUCUGGUGGUGAAAGGCGGUAACAGUAACAGGAGGCUUUUAAGCUAUGUUGAUUGUGGACAGCUGUGCAAGGCGAGGUGCAGGUUGCACUCGAGGCCCAAUUUGUGCAACAGAGCAUGUGGGACCUGCUGCCUCAGGUGCAAGUGCGUGCCACCUGGCACUUACGGCAACCGCGAGAUUUGUGGGACUUGCUACACUGAUAUGACCACUCAUGCCAACAAGACCAAGUGCCCUUAACUUUCUCUUUCUCCUCUUUCAAUACCAUAUCACCUUGUUUUUCACCUAUCUUGCUUGCUUCCCUUCAUUUUACGCUUUCUACCUAAUUUUCGUUUCAUUCAACUCUAUAAUAUAGCUAGUGUUGCUUGGUUUUGCAUAUAUGGAAAUUUAAACUAUCUUUUCUUCAGGAAA